AUGCGGGCAGUAGUGCAACCCGUAGCUUCGGGCCCUCCAGGCUCCGCACGAAAUGCGUCUAAGUGUACCAAAGUGGUGCGCCUUCUCCUAACUGCCCUGCCGUUUGUGCUUUGUUUCUUCCUCAGCUUCUGCGAUUUGACGGACAAGCAAUUCGUAGGGACGGGCUUUGUGCUUCUGGCGCUCGCUACGGUCGACUUAGCCGUGGACUUUGUGUUUGUGCGCCGCCGGAAACACGUCGAAAAACUGCCAGCGAUCUGGCCGAAAAUCCCUACCGUGAUUAACUGGCUCCUAUUGCUCUCCAAGGUCGUUUAUCAAAUGUAAAAGUGUCUGGGUCUGGAAACUUGUAAUGCUAAAAGUGAAUGAUAGAGGCGCCGCAAGACGCAGCUAUGCAUGACAAAUUUUGUGGCUGCCAUGUCUUACGUAUUCCACAUGGCAAACUGCCUUUUCGCAUGACAGUUAACCGGGCUCUUUCGUGCCUAUGCAACACAGAUUCUCGAGUCAUGCCAGACACGCAUGACAAACUUGCAUUCUUCCAGACCCAGACAUUUUUGCAUUUGAUAUCGUUCUCAUCGCGACACACACGAUUUCCGUGUCGGUUGCGCAGUCGCUUCUCGGGCCCCUCCCGAAUGUGGCACUGCUGCUAGCCUCGGGCGUGACGUUUUGCUUGGGAAAACCGUUUGUGCUGGCUUACGCGUACGAGUUCAUGACGAGGGAGAAGUACGAGCUCAUACUGCAGCACGGCCCGGAAAUAAAAGCGUCGUUUGACCGCACGAUGUGGAAAAUUCAGGGCCUGUGGACCAUCGUGAUCGCCGUAAAUUUUGCGCUCUCUCUGGCCGGCUCGUGGCUCGGCAAGAAAGACCAUCCGUCCGCCAAGGUGUUUGUUGGCACCAUCGUUCCGCUUUUCUUGGUCGUUUUCACGAAACGAAAGCUGCAACCGAAAAUUACUCAAGCCGACAAAGCGAAGCGCGACGUCCUGCGGCAACAGUUACUGAAAAAUGGCAGUGGGCAGCAGGGAGAAGUGUAG